AUGAAGCGGCGCAAUGCGGACUGCAGCAAACUCCGGCGGCCGUUAAAACGGAACCGAAUCACUGAGGGUAUAUACGGCAGUACCUUCCUGUAUCUGAAGUUCCUGGUGGUGUGGGCACUGGUGCUACUGGCAGACUUUGUGCUGGAGUUCAGGUUUGAAUACCUCUGGCCAUUCUGGCUCUUCAUCCGGAGUGUAUACGACUCCUUUAGAUACCAGGGGCUGGCCUUCUCAGUAUUCUUUGUGUGUGUUGCGUUUACCUCGGACAUCAUUUGCCUCCUCUUCAUCCCAGUGCAAUGGCUAUUCUUCGCUGCCAGUACCUAUGUGUGGGUGCAGUAUGUUUGGCACACAGAGAGAGGUGUCUGUCUGCCCACCGUGUCUCUGUGGAUACUCUUUGUUUACAUAGAGGCAGCCAUCAGAUUCAAAGACCUAAAGAACUUCCACGUGGAUUUGUGUCGUCCUUUUGCUGCACACUGCAUUGGCUACCCAGUGGUCACGCUGGGCUUCGGCUUUAAGAGCUAUGUGAGCUAUAAGAUGCGCCUCCGGAAACAGAAGGAGGUGCAGAAAGAAAAUGAGUUUUACAUGCAGCUCUUGCAGCAGGCGUUGCCUCCAGAGCAACAGAUGCUUCAGAGGCAAGAGCGAGAAGCAGAAGAAGCAGCAGCAGCAGCAGCAGCUAAAGGAAUAUCUGAACUGGACACACCUCCAGUGUCACAGAAUGGCGCCCCAGCCAACAAAAAGACAGCGGCACCACUGCCGGAGUUAGAGUAUAGAGAAAAAGGGAAAGAAGGAAGGGGCGGCGGGGACACUAAAAAGCAGCACAACAGCAUCUUUCCAACAUCAGUGGACUCUAAACUCCAGGAGAUGGAGUAUAUGGAGAACCAUAUGAACAACAAGAGACUGACCACAGAGCUGGGCAGCACAGAGAAUCUGCUGCUUAAAGAGGACAACAAUUCCUCCUGCUCCUCCUCAUCCUCAUCCUCCUCCAAAAACUACAAAAAUGCUAGCAGCAAUGCCGCCACGCUCAACUCCUCGCCCCGCAGCCAUAGCACUACCAACGGCAGCGUGCCCUCCUCUGCACCAUCAUCAUCCUCUUCCACUGGGAAGAAUGAGAAGAAGCACAAGUUAGCUGUUGGGAAGGGGACUGGUGGCUCCCACAAGGAUCCCACAGACAACUGUAUUCCCAACAACCAGCUGAGCAAGCCAGAAGCACUUGUUAGAUUGGAGCAGGAUGUUAAGAAGUUGAAGGCAGACCUUCAGGCCAGCCGGCAGGUUGAGCAGGACCUGCGCAGUCAGAUUGGCUCGCUGGGCAGCGCUGAGCGCUCCAUACGCACUGAACUGGGCCAACUGCGCCAGGAGAAUGAGCUGCUGCAGAACAAGCUCCAUAAUGCUGUGCAGGCAAAGCAAAAGGAUAAACAGGCAGUGGGCCAACUGGAGAAGAGGCUCAAAGCAGAGCAGGAGGCUCGAGCCACCGCUGAGAAACAGCUCGCAGAUGAAAAGAAGCGGAAGAAGUUAGAGGAGGCCACAGCAGCCAGAGCAGUAGCACUAGCAGCAGCUUCCAGAGGGGAGUGCACAGACACGCUGCGGCGGCGAAUCACUGAAUUAGAAACUGAGUGUAAGAAACUAACAAUGGAUAACAAGUUAAAGGAAGACCAGAUCAGAGAGCUGGAAUUGAAAGUUCAAGAACUUCAUAAAUAUAAGGAGAAUGAAAAAGACACAGAGGUGCUGAUGUCAGCGCUGUCAGCCAUGCAGGACAAGACCCAGCACCUGGAGAACAGCCUGAGUGCAGAAACCAGGAUCAAGCUGGACCUCUUCUCUGCACUGGGAGAUGCCAAGAGACAGCUGGAGAUUGCACAAGGUCAGACCCUGCAAAAAGACCAGGAGAUAAAAGAUCUGAAGCAGAAGAUAGCCGAAGUGAUGGCUGUAAUGCCCAGCAUCUCCUACACAGCCGACACCAGCAGCAUGACUCCUGUUGCCCCCCACUACUCCUCCAAGUUCAUGGACACCAAUCCCUCCUGCCUAGACCCCAACGCCUCAGUUUACCAGCCACUCAAAAAGUGAACGCUUCGUCCCGCCCCUUCCCUCCCUACCAUUUUUAUUUUUGCUGCAGGCCCCACCACCUUCCAAUCUGCUGUCUGCGGCUGAGAACGUUGUUUUUCUUGGGUUUUUAUUUUUCUCUUCGCCAGGUCAGAAGGAUGUUGUAUUGUGUGACUGUAUUUGUUGUAGUUAAAACAAAAGACAAAAAAAUCAACUUAAAACGGACAUCACAUGUCAACUAGGACGUUUUUUUUUUUUUCUCUCUUAAGUGUCUAGUGAAACCUCACAGAAUCGGGUAUGUAUCUUCAUCUCAAGGGUGUUGCUCUCCCUUUCCCGCCACCACCGAAACCACCUGCAAACAGUUGCCUGCUCUUUGGUCCUGGGGAAUAGCUGCUUUUUUAUUUUAGGUUGAUUUUUCCCUCCUAAAAUUUGGAAAAUGGAGGUCUCCUUUAUCAUUCAGUCAUUCAGCCUGACUUGUAUCCAAAUUUCUGUGAUGAUCUGGAUUGUUUUCUCCCAAGGUGUGGUGACAUCUGUACAACCAGAGGAAUGUAGACUCUCGCCCUGGUUAUGUUUAAUUUAUUAUUUUUAAGACACCAAAUCAACCCUGCCCUUAGCUGCUUUGGGGUUUGGUGGUGAAUUUUAAAGUGUAUUGUGUGGUUCUGUUUGUUCACUCUUUAAGACCCGAGUGUUGAUUUCUACAGGCUGAAAGUGUUGAUUGCAACAAAUUGGAAAAGAUCUUGUGUUGUAAGCAGAAACCUAGACCAUAAGCCGAAAUGAACCCAAGCAGCUCCUAAUGUUCUGCAUCAAUGAAAACAGUAGUCUGGUUCUCCCAGUUUUUGAGUUGAAGACAGUCCAUAAAGAGAAGUCUGUGUAUGUAAAUGUACCAGCUUCCCAGUGCCUUGAGUUGAGGACAUGGAUUGAGUUUGAUAAUGAGAUACAGCCCAACCCUUCUGAAUUAGUGGUGAAGCAUCUGGCUAAGCUGGAAAGGAUAAGAAUUUGACCUCGCUGAGUGAAGUGGGACUGAGUUGCCUUCAGACACUUAUUUGGUUUUUUGGCUCCGUACUGAUUUCCAAACCGGUAGAGAAGCAGAUCCGUGUCCACUCGAGGUCAGCUUGGUCCCAUAUGUAAGUUACAUUUAACAGAUAAAUUAGAUACCAAAUCCAAGACUUUUCAGUGUACUCCUGUUUGCCUAUUGUCAGUGUGUUGACAUGUUGUUAGCCACCACAGAGUCUACUGCACACAGGUCUCCGGCUCGUCACAUGUCCACUCGCAGAAGCUCAUCUCCCCCAGAUCCCUCGGUUCAGCUGCUGCCCCCUCGUUUCUUUUUGAUUUCCUAUUUUUACAAGUUGCACUGUAGGAAACACAUUCUGUUUGAAAGGGAAAACUGUAAAGAUGGACAGUGCAAUGAAAACGAAGCUUUGAAAAUGCCAACUUUGAUGCAGCAUUUAUUAUUUAAUUGAUCCUACACUUCAGUUCAUGUGCCAAGACUGGAAUGCUUGUUUCUCUAGUAGCGUGUUGAAGAAUGUAAUGCAAAUACAUUGGCUGACGUGUUUGUCAAAUAUCCAGUUGAAUAUCACUUAAUGGAAUUUUCUGUUAAGCAGGUAAAGAAAGUGGUCACCUGUUUGUAGUAGACUGCGUAGUUAAAAGUAAGGGACUAGAAAGUCAAGUUUCUUUAUGUGAAUGUUACAGUAUUUGCAACUGUUGGGCAAGUGGCUGUUUUUAAAGCGGCCGUCCUUCCUGUUUGUGGUAUUAUUGUUAUUUUCUAUCAGGGAGAAAAUCGCUGGAGUCUGAUGUGGUUUCGCCAUCAUCUGAAAUGUGUGUGUGUGUGUUUGUGUGUGUGUGUGUGUGUGUGGUUUUCACCUACUGUAAGAAGAAGAAGAAGCUUUUUCUUUUUUGGCUCAGAUAGUCAUUGGCUCCUGCAGGGGGGAAAUGUGAAAAUUACAGUUUUAGUCAGUUGUUUGGUCGACUGAUUGUUGAAAGUAUAGAGAAAUGGUUUUUGUUUUUUGUUUUCUAUGCCCAGUCACUGCUCUGUUUCUCCCCAGGUCUGACCUUGGCUGUGCUCUCGCUCUGUGAGGUUUACAAGGAAUAAACUUUUUUUUUUCUUGCAAAUUGA